AUGAGGGUUCUUGUGGCAGCAUUUGCUUCCAUACUAGCAGCAGCGGAAUGCAGCCUCCUUCAGACACUCAGCCCACCUAAAAAGGAAUUCACCCCAAAUAGCCAUCACAGUCAUCAGGGAUACAGCUACCUCCCACCACCAGCUUCUACUGUCUGUGCCAACGGCCAAGUACUGCAUGUCGAUGGCCGCUGCGUCACUCCCGUAAUCACCCGCUCUGUCUACCUCUUCAACGUCCCACAGCUCCCUCGAAGACCUACUCCCCUCCCCUACAUUCCUCCGCCCAAGGUCGACCACAACAUCCUUUUCGUCCGCUUACCGGAGGCUCUCAGGGCCCCAGAUCCCAUCGUGGUUCCUCCUCCCCAGCAGAAGAACAUUGUCUACGUCCUCAGGAAGAAGACUCAAGAUGAAGGACCCAGGGUCAUUGAAGUUCCAGCGCCUCCUAAGACUAAGCCUGAUGUGUAUUUUGUUGGUUACGAUCAAGGAGAAAACCCCAUUCUUCCCACAGGUGAAGAAUUGGAGAGUAUUCUUACCCAUAAUGUCCAGGAAGUAUAUGGCCAGGUGGUGGACACUGGGUCAUCAGGUCAGAAUGUAGACACUGGAUCCCACAGCAACUUCGUCACUGGGUCUCUUGGACAAGUGGACACUGGAUCCCACAGCAACUUCGACAUUGGGUCUCUGGGACAAGUGGACACUGGACCUACUAGCAACAUUAACAUAGGGUCUGGUCAAGUGGGCAUUGGAUCUCAAAGCAACUUCAACACUGGAUCUAGCAGCCAUCUGACAUUGGGUCUCUUGGACAAGCAGGAACUGGAUCUCACAGCAAUUUGAACUUUGGGUCACUUGGUCAAGUGGACACUGGAUCUAGCAGCCAUCUUGACAUUGGGUCUCUUGGACAAGUUGACACUGGAUCUCACAGCAAUUUGAACUUUGGGUCACUUGGUCAAGUGGACACUGGAUCUAGCAGCCAUCUUGACAUUGGGUCUCUUGGACAAGCAGGCACUGGAUCUUACAGCCACUUUGACAUUGGGUCUCUUGGUCAUGUGGACACUGGAUCUAGCAGCCACUUGGACAUUGGGUCACUUGGCCAAGUGGACACUGGAUCUAGCAGCCACGUUGCCACUGGAUCACUUGGCCAAGUGGACUUUGGAUCACUCUUCACGGACCAAGACAACAAGCCAAGCAGUCUUUUCGUAAACAGUGGGUCACAUGGUCGUCCAAAUUUUAGUUACUAUUCCCACCUCAUAAAUAAUCACUGUAAAAGAACCUAGAUAUAAUACUUUC